GAAACUGAAGACCAGACUGGAGACUCUUCUGAUCCUGAGACUGAUGACAGUGCUGAUUGGAAGGAGACCAGAGAACCUCAGUCAGCUUUAAACUCUCUGAAACAUGAUUCAAGAUGUAAGAAAACAUUCAGCUGCUCUGAGUGUGGGAGGAGAUUUAACUGCAAGUCAAAUCUGAACAGACACAUGAGAGCUCACACAGGAGAGGAACAUUUUACAGGGUUGCACAUGGGGGUCAAGCAGGAGCCCCCACACAUUAAAGAGGAAGCUGAUAGAGAGGACUGUGGAGGACCAGAACCAGCCAAGAACUCGCACCUAGAUGUACAUUUCGAAACUGAUACUGAAGACGAGACUUCAGACUCUUCUGAGACUGAAAAAGAGUGCGAGGAUCCCAACGGAAAGCCAUUCCGCUGCUCCGUGUGUGCCAAAACAUUUAAACACAGGGGAAAUCUGAACAUACACAUGAGAACACACACAGGAGAGAAACCUUUCCGCUGCUCUUUCUGUGGCAAAACGUUUACGCAGAAAGCGGGGCUGGACUACCACUUGAGGACUCACACAGGAGAGAAGCCGUUCAGCUGCUCCGUCUGCGGGAAGACGUUCAGGAACAAAGGAGGCGUGACGUACCACAUGGCGACGCACACGGGGCUGAAGGCGUUCAGCUGCGGCACGUGCAAGAAAAGAUUCCGGGCCGCGUCACAGCUCAGAGUCCACAAGUGCAUCAGCGAGCACUCGGAGCUUCACAGGAGACGGAGCGAGGCGGGCCGUAAACCGCUGAGCUGCUCCGAGUGCGACGCAACGUUUCCAAACAAUUACCUCCUGGUGACCCACAUGAGAAUGCACAAAGGAAAGAAACUGUUCACGUGCUCCAUCUGUGGCCAGAAACGCCAGUUCAGUUCCCAUCUGGCAAUACACAUGAGAACCCACACGGGCGAGAAGCCGUACAGCUGCUCCGUUUGUGGCAAAACGUUCUCCCAGAGAGGCAUCAUGUCGCAGCACAUGGCGGUGCACUCCGGCGUGAAGCCGUUCAGCUGCGGCGUCUGCGGCCGCCGAUUCUAUUGGCAUUUUCAGAUCAAAAAGCAUAAGUGUCUCGGCGCGUUCUCGCAGCGGAGAAGAGCCGGCUUUAACGGAGAGAACUACGGAGGAGCAGAAGCAAUUGGACAUUUAACGGCGGGUACGUAUCGAAAGACUGAAGCGUCGCCUGAAACUGAAGUUGAUGUUGAGUUUUGGAAAGAGACCCGGCAACAUCAGUCAGGGUUCACUUAUCGGAGGAAUAAAAAAGUAAGGGAUGGAUGUAACACUGAAACUGCAGCCGGGACCGAGCAAAGUGUGGAACCGAGCAGGCAUCCUCAGUCCGGUCCUGACGCUCUGAAAGCUGAGCACGUCUCUACCGGGGAUACAGAAGAGAAACCCUUCAGCUUUUCUGAGCACCAGGAAAAACGUGAAGACACUCUGCUGACACACCACAACUCCCCCGCAGAAGAGAAACCUUUCUCAUUUUGUGGGAAAGCUGUCUACACGGGAGGGAAAGCGCUCAGCAGCGGCAGCGUUUGUGAGAAAGGCUUCACUGUGGAGCCGCGGCACAUUGGCCGCCGGUGUGUCGGCGAGUCCUCGCAGCUCCACGCUGCCGACAGACUGUUGGGGAGAGGGUUCAACCGUAAGCACCAGCUGCAGGUUCCCAUUAGACUACACGCGGCGCUGAAAGGUCGCUCAGUUCGUGGCAAAACGUUUCCCAAGCGUGGAAGCUCACGCGCAGCAGAGACGGCUUUCCGCUGCUCGGUGUGCGACGCGGCUUUCGGCGACAGCGAGGCGUUAGUUCAACACAUGAGGAUUCACACGAGGCAAACGCAGUUCAGCUGCGCCGUCUGCGGGAAAGAGUUCGCGUGGCGACGGUAUCUGACCAAACACAUGGAAGUUCACACAAAGGAGAGUCUCGACAGUCUUCAUUGGAGACAAACUGAACACACGGAAACAGAAGCUGAUGGAGAGGACUGUGGAGGACCAGAACCAGCCAGAAACUCACAUCCACAUCCACUUUUACAACCAGAGACUGAAGACCAGACUGGAGACUCUUCUGAACCUGAGACUGAUGACAGUGCUGAUUGGAAGGAGACCAGAGAACCUCAGUCAGCUUUAAACUCUCUGAAACAUGAAUCAAGAUGUAAGAAAACAUUCAGCUGCUCUGAGUGUGGGAGGAGAUUCGGCUGCAAGACAAAUCUAAGAAGACACACGAGAAUCCACACAGGGGAGAAACGAUUCAGCUGCGGAUUUUGUAACGAAAGAUUUGCCCGGCGCCCACAGUUCCAAGAGCAUAAAUGUGUUGGUCGUCAAACUGAGGAGAACAGAGAGGCAGAGCCUCCAUCCAGGAACUCACAUCCACAUACACUUGUACAACCGGAGACUGAUGACAGCGCCGACAGUGAUUUUUGGAAGGAGACCAGAGAACGUCCGAAACCCGAGAGCGGCGACAGCGUUGACAGCGACUUCUGGAAGGACGACAGGAAACCUCAGUCUGGUUUAGACUCUCCGAACAACAGCGACGGCGGCUCCGAAAAUGAAGUGAGAUGCGAUAACCCUCUGAGGAAGCCGUUCGGCUGCCCGGAGUGCGGGAAGAGGUUCCUCAACCUCUGCAACCUGAAGAACCACACCAAAUAUCACACGGGAGAGCGAGCGUUCUUCUGCUCCGUUUGCGGUCUGAAGUGUCUAUACCGGUCCCACCUGAAGAUCCACAUGAGGACUCACACGGGGGAGAAGCCGUUCCCGUGCCCAGUUUGUGGGAAAAAGUACGCACACAAGGCGAGCAUGCAGUCGCACAUGGCGGCCGUCCACACGGUGGAGAAACGGUACAGCUGCAGCAUCUGCGACCAAGGCUUCGCUUGGUACACAGAGCUGAAGUACCACCAGUGUGUCGGGGACGCCGCUGAUGGACACACGUAGAUACAGGGGCGCAUGGCGUCCCAAAGCCACGCCCUCCGGAGGGGGGAAAUGACAUGCAACUAAGGG